UAUGUAACUGUCCUUUGCUUCAAUUCCUUUUCUUCAACUCUCCUCUUCUCCAUCAUCGUCUCUGAGAUUCUCGUGCUUUCUUCGGUCAAAUGGAUGUAUACUGUAGAACGGUUGUUGUCACUGUCUUGCUAUCUUUCCUGUUGUCUUGUUGUGCCUCCUCCGAGCGCAGCGAUGGUACAUUCAGAAUUGGGCUGAAAAAAUUGAAGUUGGAUCCCAAUAACCGACUGGCUUCACGGCUUGGUUCCAAGCAAGAAGAGGCUUUGAGAGCUUCUCUGAAAGAGUUCCGUUUUCACAACAAUCUAGGAGAUUCUGGAGAUACUGAUGUUGUUGCACUGAAGAACUACUUGGACGCUCAGUACUAUGGUGAGAUCGGUAUCGGUACUCCACCACAGAAGUUCACUGUGAUUUUUGACACAGGAAGCUCUAACCUUUGGAUUCCAUCCUCAAAGUGUUAUUUAUCGGUUGCAUGCUUCUUCCACAACAAGUAUAAGUCAUCUCGUUCAACCACAUACAAGAAAAAUGGAAAGUCUGCCUCAAUUCAUUACGGCACCGGAGCAAUCUCUGGUUUCUUUAGUUAUGAUGCCGUCACCGUUGGUGAUCUGGUUGUCCAGGGUCAGGAGUUUAUUGAGGCUACCAGGGAACCCAGUAUAACAUUCUUGGUAGCUAAAUUUGACGGUAUCCUUGGUCUUGGAUUCCAAGAGAUCUCUGUUGGGAAUGCCACUCCUGUUUGGUAUAACAUGAUCAACCAAGGACUUAUCAAGGAGCCCAUCUUCUCAUUUUGGCUGAACCGUAAUCCUGAGGACGAAGAAGGUGGUGAACUUGUGUUUGGAGGUGUUGAUCCAAAUCAUUUCAAGGGAGAACAUACGUUUGUUCCUGUAACACAAAAAGGUUACUGGCAGUUUGACAUGGGUGAUGUUCUCAUUGGUGGUGAACCCACUGGAUACUGUGAAAGUGGUUGUUCAGCGAUAGCAGAUUCUGGAACUUCUCUGCUUGCAGGUCCAACGACAGUGAUUGCCAUGAUAAACAAAGCUAUUGGAGCAUCUGGAGUUGUUAGCCAGCAAUGCAAGGCUGUUGUGGAGCAGUAUGGGCAAACUAUUCUGGAUUUACUUUUGGCUGAGACACAACCGAAGAAGAUCUGCUCUCAGAUUGGUCUGUGCACCUUUGAUGGCGCUCAUGGUGUGAGUAUGGACAUCGAGUCCGUGGUGGAUAGGGAAAACGCCAAACCAUCUGGUGCCCUCGGAGAUGCGGCAUGCUCUGCAUGUGAGAUGGCAGUUGUCUGGAUCCAGAACCAGUUGAGGCAGAACAUGACUCAAGAUCGCAUAUUGAACUACAUCAACGAGCUGUGUGAGAGAAUGCCAAGCCCAAUGGGAGAGUCAGCAGUUGACUGCGCACAACUGUCGACAAUGCCUACCGUUUCCCUCACCAUCGGAGGAAAAGUCUUUGACCUUGCACCAGAGGAGUAUAUACUGAAGAUGGGAGAGGGGCCAGUGGCUCAGUGCAUCAGUGGCUUUAUAGCUCUCGACGUCCCACCACCUCGUGGACCUCUCUGGAUACUGGGAGACGUGUUCAUGGGUAAAUACCACACAGUGUUCGACUUUGGCAAUGAGCGUGUUGGCUUCGCAGAAGCAGCUGCUGCUGCUGCUUAGACAGAGGAGGAUGAAACAACAACUGAGGUUUCUCUCUUCUGUUGUCUGGAUAUGGUUCUCUCUCUGUCCGUGUCUGUAAACGUGUUUCCACAGUCUAAAUUUCAACGACUCUCUCUCUCUCUGCGUUUGUUAAAAUAAUAAUCUAAGAAGUUGAUGGUUUGUUGUUCUUUUUUUAGGAGACCAAACAUCUUCAUCUAUUUCUGUAUAUAGACCCCUUUGGUGACGUGGCUGUUUUCGGUGUUUGAUUCCAUUAAUCAUGUGUCAAUGUUAUGAAUUCAACGUUUGAUU